CUGACGAGCCUAAGCCUAUGCCUAGCAACAGCAUGGGCUAGCAUUCCAAACAUGGCCAACUACACGGCCGUCUGGUGGGACGAUUUCACGGGUCCUGCUGGUAGCCAGGUCAACCAUGCCCUCUGGAACCAGGUUGAUCGUCCUAAUAAUCCCAACAAGGAGCUGGAGGCCUACAUCACCGGCACCAGCACCGUUCAGCUCACAGGUACCAACGACGGCGAGCUACGCAUCAUACCCUACAAGACGGACCGCUGGUACUCGGGGCGGCUCGAGAGCAUCGCCACCUUUACCUGCCCGCCGGGUCACUCCAUGGUCUUGCAGGCCUCGAUCAAGUUUCCCAACCUCGAUCCCAACUCGGGGCAGUCGGCCGGGUUGUGGCCGGCCUUCUGGGCCAUGGGCAACACCAUCCGCCUGCCCCAGCCCGACUACCAGCCAUGGCCGUACAACAUCGAGUUCGACAUUGCUGAGACGGCCAAUAUACACGGCAACAGCGCACUUGGAGUGAUGCACUACAGCAACUCGGAGAGCCCGCUCAACUACAAGUGGUACGACUACGACUCGAGCAAGUUCCACACGUGGUCCUUCAAGAUCGACCUGCGCAACCCCGACUGGACCCAGCAGUCCCUCGUCUGGUACGCCGACGGCAACGAGUUCAACAGGAUCAAGGGAGACGCCUUUGGAACCGACCCCAGCACCUGGAACGGCAUCGCCCAAAAGGCCUACUUUCUCAUUCUCAACGUCGCCGUCGGUGGCGGCUUCCCUGGAUAUCCUUGGGACCAGACCACCGGCGGCCCUGACUCGGCCAUGACCGUCGAAUAUGUUGCCGUAUAUCAGUCC